AUGAGAGUCGAGCCUUCGCCUUCAUGGGACUUUGGGAACAACACCAGCUUGGAGGACUACACUGACAUCGCCUUUGUUGCUGCCAACUGCCUGAUUCUGUUGAUCACCUCUGUUGUUGGGGUUGCAGCGAACAUCUUUGUCAUCAUUGCUGUUUAUCACCAAAAGUCCCUCCAAACUUGGAACAACGCACUGGUGGUGAAUCUUGCAGUUAUCGACAUUUUGAGAUGUGCAAUAGACUGCCCUCUCCUCUUCACCAUCGUCAUCACCGUGCAUGAGAGAGGACAUGCCGAUGAGUUGAUCUGUGAUGCACAGGUGGCCUCUUUCUCCUUCAGCUGCUGCAUCCAGCUGCUGACACUCGCCUGUAUAAGUGCAGAGAGAUACCAGGCCAUCGCACAGCCCUUCAAAAUCAGCCAGAGAAGAAAGAGGAUCAUGGUUCUGAUUCCUCUCACAUGGACUUUGGCUAUUCUGGUGGCUGGUUUUUGCCUCACAUUUGUGAGGGACUCACCCGUGCAAGUGAAAUGCAAAGGACUUCCAAGAGGAACAACUUCAGACUCCUAUGACACCUUUGGACUUUACAUAUUGUUUCCACUUUGGGCAGCUUGCUUUGCCGUUAUCGUGGGAUUCUACGCACGCAUAUUUUUCCUUGUGAGAUCACACAACCGCAAAAUAUUCGACAAAGGGAUCAUCUUGGUGUCAAAAAGUGACGAAACAGCAGUAAAGCAAACUAAAGAAGAAACCGAAGCUGUGGAAGUUGGAUGUGGAAACCCUGAGCAGAGUCAGAACCUGAGCAAAAGUGUCCCUGAUGGGUUGACACAAGUUGAACCAAAUUCAUCCAACAAAGGUUCAACAACUGCUCAACUCCCUGUUGGUGCAGACAACAGAAAAGUUCUAACAAAUGCUCUCGAGAUAACUGACUUGGAAACAGGACAUCAAUCCUCUUUGCAGAUUAAAGUGGAAACAGAGGAGAAACCUCGUAAAACUGAGCGGUCCAACCCAUGUGACAGAAAAGCUGCAGAGAAACCAUCAACAAAUGAAGCUGCUAAUGGAGUCAAUAACUCAACUACAAAACCUGAGAAAGCCUCAAGCAGCUUGGAAACAGUCAAACAGUCCAAAGAGAGAUCGAAGACUGACACAGCAGCCUCUGAAAUGAAAGAAACAAGACCCCAUCUUAGCUCCCCUGCAAAGGUAGAAAAUCCUGGAUCCACAUCUGUUUUACUGAGUGAGCAAAAACAACCCAAGAAAAGCAACAGAGAAAGAGCGCUGCCUGUUGUCACUGUAGAUCAAGCGUCCUCAUUACCUCCUGUCUCCGUCGACGUACCUGAAACAGAAGCUGCGAAACAAGAUGUGGAGGCGGAAGGUGCCGUUUGCAUGAUGCCUUCAAAAACGAGCAAAGAGAGGGUGAAGAAGAAGAAGGAAAGCAAAAUGGCAAAGCGUGCCGGCUACAUAAUUAUAACGUUCCUUUUAUUCUGGCUGCCAUUGAUCACAUCCAUCCUGGUGAAUCUAGUCAUUCACAAAAACAAGAACUCACCGGUAAGUCUAAGUUAAGAUGAAAAUGCAAGUUUUGUUUUAAAAUGUUGCAUAAAGUUUUGUCUGAAGUGGGUGAAUAACUCUGUUUUAAAAUGUGUAUAAAGGGUUUCUGGACUGCUUAUAGAUCUAAAGCUCUAAACUCGUGUUUAAGUCCAUGAUUGUCAUCAUUUUGUACAUUUUUAAAGUUAAAGUGCAAGUUUAAAUGUGAUAUAUUUGUAUAUUGUAUUUUCAAGAUAUAGCACAUCUUCCUAGAUAAAUAUAUAUCAUUCAUGUGAGCAAUAACUAAACAUCAUAUAAAAAACUUUAUUCCCAUCCACAUACCAUGUAACCACAUCCAAAACCUUAGGGUGGAAGGCUCUAUAUGAUUACUUUAUAUGAUAUUUUAUGGUUUCUAACAUGUGAAAAUUUCCAUUUUGUCUUUAGAUGCUAAUCAUCACCCAGCACGUGGACAUCUUGUUGGUGUCUGUCGCCUGCAUCACAUCUCUGAGUGACCCCAUAAUCUACGCAGCAGUGAACCCUCAGUUUCGUACAGAGUUUUGCAGAAUUAAAAACAGGGUCGAAUCCAUAUUCAGUAAGAAAUGAUCACAUUCUCACUGCUGUCUCCAAGUCACACUGGACCAAAUACCCAGAUUCAUUAUUCAGAGUCUAACUGAAUAUUAAGAGGGUUAACAUUUGCCCAGUUUGUUCAAAUAUUAACUGCAUUGAACCCCACAUGUCAAAGGAUGAAUUUUAUUUGGUUAUAUAGGAGACCUAUUAUUUUAUGUCUUUGUGAUAUCUUAGAUUUAAUACUGGCCGACUUCUCAGCAGUCCCUAAACACUGCAGAGCAGAGGCGCUGCACGCUGGGAAAGACCGCUGUAGCCGGCACACAGAGCUCAGCAGGAGAGCAGUCUCUGCACUCUGGACCCACUGCUGGGCCGGCCAGGUCCUUACACGUCCUCCAGCACUACCUCAUUAUUAUCCCAUCCUUCCAUUAGUUAUCUGGAAAAAACAUUAUGAAAUCCAGCUAAUUACGUUCCAGAAAACAAGGAAAAGAAAAGACAAGGGCCGUUUAAAGGGUGUUUGA